AUGGCCGAAGAUCAACCUCAGGUUGAACUGUUGGAACUGUUCGUGAAGGCUGGCAGUGAUGGGGCCAAGAUUGGGAACUGCCCCUUCUCCCAGAGGCUGUUCGUGGUACUCUGGCUCAAGGGAGUCACCUUCAACGUCACCACCGUGGACACCAAAAGACGGACAGAGACAGUUCAGAAACUUUGCCCAGGAGGACAUCUCCCAUUCCUGCUGUAUGGCACCGAAGUACACACAGACACCAACAAGAUGGAGGAAUUCCUGGAAGCUGUGCUGUGCCCUCCCAGGUACCCAAAGCUGGCUGCUCUGAACCCUGAGUCCAACACCUCAGGGCUGGACAUAUUUGCCAAGUUUUGGGCCUACAUCAAGAACUCAAACCCAGCACUCAAUGACAACCUAGAGAAGGGACUCCUGAAAGCUCUGAAGGUUCUAGUUAACUACUUGACAUCCCCCCUCCCGGAAGAAGUGGAUGACACCAGCGCUGAAGAUGAGGGCAUCUCGCAGAGGAAGCUUCUGGAUGGCAAUGAGCUCACCCUGGCUGACUGUAACCUGCUGCCAAAGCUUCACAUCGUACAGGUGGUUUUUAAAAAAUACAGAGGCUUCACCAUUCCAGAGGCAUUCCGUGGAGUGCAUCGGUACUUAAGCAAUGCUUAUGCUCGGGAAGAGUUCGCCUCCACCUGUCCGGACGACGAGGAGAUAGAGCUGGCCUAUGAGCAAGCGGCCAAGGCCCUGAAAUGAGCACCUCUUAGAGGCUCCUUCACCCACUCUGUGCUCGCCAUAGAGGCUCUGGGAGGCUACCGAAUGGACACACUCCAGAACAGCCAGUGUCAGGAAAU